GACAAGUCCCGAAGACAGCCGAAGGCGUUGACGUCACUUUGAAAGUGAGUUUGAGGGUGAUGGAGUCAUCCCCUCCCAUAUUUUGGUGCACCUGACCAACGUUCUCUCGGAACCUGACAGAAAUCGGUCUUAACUUUCAUCUUAAGACGAGUACCUGAGGACGUUUGUGGGACAUUUGUGGUUGUCGGGUCACGGCCGGGUCAAAAGUGGGUGUUUACAGCUGGGUCGUGCGGGCAGCAGUUUUCGCGCGCCAUCUUGGCCCAAACUCGCGGGGGGAAAACUCGUCAGAAAAGGGCCGGACAGCGAGGCAAGAUGGAGGAACACAUAAGCCUGGACCCUCGGAAACAGGAGCUGUUCGAGGCUCGUUUUCUCGGAGUCAUGAACAGAAGUCUCAACAGCCAGGACUCCAAUCUUAGUAAUGUCAGCAACGGCAGCGAGGGGCAGAGUUCUAUCAGUGACAAGGAGAUGGAGACACCCGAGAAAAGAACCCCUACAGACAGAAAGAGGAAGCGGAAAAAUGAUGAACAAGGGAAAUCAAAAGGACUUCCUACCAAGAAGAUUAGUGAAUAUUUUGAGUCCCAUUCCCCACAUGGGGCUGGUGCAGGAGUGAGUCCCAACAGAACAGGGAACUCUCUCAUCCCAGGCAUGGGGCUAGCCAGGUCCCCCCCUCCCCCUGCUUCCUUCCAGCCAGUGUCCCCUUCCAGUUCCAACUCCAACUCCAACUUCAAUAGCAGAAUGGCUUAUGCAAGGUUUCAGAGCUCCCCUGCUUCAGGCAACAGUAUAGAUUACACAGGUUUGGUACCUUUCCACCCUAAACCUGUCACUUCAACAACAGCACAGACUGAAAUGACCCUGGCCAGAAUAGUAGAACUGGAGCAGCAAGUCACAAAGGAACAACAGAAGGAAAACACUAUUGAAGACUUACAAAGGAUGAAUGGCGAGUUGCGCCACCAACUAGAAGCUACGCAAAGAUUACUAGACAGACAUAAGGACAACCUCUCCAAGUGUCUGGCCUUCAAUAGGAAGCUUCUAAUAGAUCAGUGUGUUACUGACAGAAAGGAGGUACGGAGACGGAGUAUGGAGAACAGACUACGCAUCGGUCAGCACACUGUGGUCAGGAAGGGCGCGUCCUUCGAGGAGGAAUGGGUGGACGGAUGGGCGUAUAUUGAACUCAAGAAGAAGCAGCGAAAAAUAGAAGAACAAAAAGGUGAAAUUGAGAGAUUGAAGAAGACCCUGCAGAAGAGAAAACCUCCCAAGCCGGGGAACGGUCAGGGCGGGCGAUCAGGCAGUCUGAGUGAUGGAGACGGGGUGUUCGCUAAGCCACAGGUCCCCUCACGGUUCGGUGGUCUGCCAAGCCAAACCAGUGAUGAGUACAAGUAUUAUGAGCAGGAAGAAAUUCUCAAGAUAAAAAGUGCACAGCUAAAGAAGGAGGAAGCUGAGGUCACAACAGAGCUAGAGAAGCUGGAGAGGGAGAAAAACCUGCACAUCAGGGAGAUGAAGAGGAUCAUGAACGAGGACAACUCACGGUUCAGGGACAAUGAGACCCUGAAUGACAGAUAUCUGCUGCUGUGUCUGCUAGGAAAGGGUGGCUUUAGUGAAGUUCACAAGGCCUUUGACCUGAAGGAGCAGCGCUAUGUUGCUUGUAAGAUUCAUCAACUCAACAAGGACUGGAAGGAGGAUAAGAAGGCCAACUAUAUCAAGCACGCCAUGAGAGAAUAUGAAAUCCACAAGAAGCUGGACCAUCCCCGGAUUGUGAAGCUGUAUGACGUGUUUGAGAUAGACAACAACUCAUUCUGUACAGUCCUGGAGUACUGUGAUGGGAAUGACCUGGACUACUACCUGAAGCAGCACAAGUGUAUGGGUGAGAAGGAGGCUCGCUCUCUCAUCAUGCAGGCCGUCAGUGCCUUGAAGUAUCUGAAUGAGAUCACACCACCGGUCAUACACUACGAUCUCAAGCCAGGCAAUAUCCUGCUAGGUAGCGGCUCCUUUAGUGGUGAAAUCAAGAUCACUGACUUUGGUCUGUCUAAGGUUUGGGACAUGAAUGCAGACUCCCAGGAGGGGAUGGAGCUCACGUCACAGGGAGCUGGCACAUACUGGUACCUGCCCCCCGAGUGUUUUGUGGUAGGGAAGAGCCCCCCUAAGAUCUCCUCUAAGGUGGAUGUGUGGUCCAUAGGAGUCAUCUUCUACCAGUGUCUGUACGGGAGGAAGCCAUUUGGCCACAACCAAUCGCAGGCCACGAUUCUGGAGAAUCGGACUAUCCUGAAUGCCAAGGCUGUGGAGUUCCCAUCCAAACCUGCGAUCAGCCAGGAGGCUAAGAACUUUGUGCGAAGAUGUCUGACCUACAGGAAGGAGGAGAGACCAGACGUGCACCUGUUAGCCCGGGACCCGUACCUGCACCCCAGCUUCAAGAAGUACGGCUCUUCAGGGAGCCUGAGCAGCCCCUCCGCGCUCCUAGGUACAACCUUCACUGCUACAACUGGCAUGGGGAGUUUAGGAUCAGGGUCUGGCUCCGGCUCUAAUUAAAACUGCACAGACUAGUUCUGGACAUGACUCUCGCCACAGAGACUGCCAGCUUCCGUUCUGGACUAAACAUUGGAACGUUCCUCUGAACUUCCCAGACUAUGCCAAACCGAUGGAACUGGACUAGAGACCUUCAGCAUUACUGGAGAAAAACACUGCUGGAAUGCUGAGAAGGAAAUGUUAUCAUGGCGCAUGUACAAAAGACCUGUCAAAGAUAAAGCAGGCAUACGUGCCGUAGUCGACUACAUAGCUCCAUCUUCUUUUAAUUUUAUUUAUGUUCACUCUGUAUAAAUCUUUGUUGUAGCGUACGACUUCAUAGAUACACUCUCAGGCUGUGAAAUGGAUAGAGGAUGCAUUGCUAUCCAAAAAUGAUGUAAAUACAAUUUCCUCAAUUAGUGUAAAGAGAUGUAAAGCCUUCAGUAGACUGAUGAAACACUUGAGCUGUGUAUAUAACUUGGAUCCCACUCAACUAUAGUCUUGGUUCUAUAUGAAGCUAUAGUUCCUGCUGUUGCUAAAGCUUUCCUUCAGUCCCCAGUACUUCUACAUGGUGCAUGCUAAUGAUACAAUAGUAGAGAAUUCACAUGAAUACAACCUAAGGGAGCAUGUGUAAAAGCAGGAACUGUGGCUGCUAGUGCCAGGACUGUGCUUGUUGAAAUGCUGCAGAAAGUACACAGCCACGAGAAACAUGUAGUAACUAACUCCAUCCUGGUGCUUCUUCCCCUGUGGAAAUAAACUACUAUAGGAGGCCAGGUCAGAGCUUCACCUUAACCUUCAACAUGCUGACAUACCAGUGAAUCAGUCCCACAUUCCAGCUGUGGAGUCUAAUGGUUAAACUGUGCUACUACAUAAGAUAAGCAGGCUUUGAUGUAGCCACUCUUAAUGAUGGACACAUCCUACAAUGUCAUGUCUCCAUCCAGACUUAUACAUGUUGGAAUGAAAAGACAUUGUUGCAGAGAAUAUGAAAUGCUCACUGCUAGUACAAGAUUUACAGGAGGGAUGGAAAUGUACAAGUCUUCCCUCUCUCAAAAUGUUCCCUAUAGACUCAUUAUUAGAAGGUCUAAGAAGUUGGUGUUGAUUCGCCCAUAGAUCAGCAGUACUUCUUUUUUUCGUAUCAGCCUCUGCUCAUUUCUGUUCUGUCUAGUGUACAAGUUAGUAUGUUCAGACCCAGCAAUGCCCUGACUGUUGCAGGCAAGUAAGGUAUAUGGUGUCUCUUUUCCUUGUGAUUGGGAGAAGAACCUUACUAGUAUGUGUAUGGUGCAUAUACAAAUGUUUCAUUGAAGCACAUUUCAGGAACGUUUUAGCAAACUGGUCUGACUUACCAACUGUAAACAACAUUGAGUUGUGAGACUCCAUGCUUAUGGUAACACCUGUAUAUGGAGAUGUUAACUUGGUAGGAACUGUGGUGAGAGACCUGGCCUGUCUCCCAACUGUGGUGAGAGACCCCGGCCUGUCUCCCAACUGUGGCGAGAGACCCGGCCUGUCUCCCAACUGUGGUGAGAGACCCGGCCUGUCUCCCAACUGUGGUGAGAGACCUGGCCUGUCUCCCAACUUUGGUGAGAGACCCGGCCUGUCUCCCAACUGUGGUGAGAGACCUGGCCUGUCUCCCAACUGUGGUGAGAGACCUGGCCUGUCUUCUAACUGUGGCGAGAGACCUGGCCUGUCU